AGUCUUACUGCUUAAGUUUUUUUAUGUGCCACGGCCCUAAAUGAUAGCAGAUAAUAGCAAAUGUAGCAAAGUAUAAAACAAUUAUUCUAUGGAAGUGUAACAAAAUUAUAUAUAUAUGCAUACAGCUGUGAUUGUGACAAUAAUCUUGUCAAAACAGUUAAAAUAAGAUAAAGAGCGAUUCAUUACAUGAAAGAAGAAAAGAAUUUAAUCACACAAAAUGACAGUUGAUUUAUCGACCAUGCCACUUGUGGGAAUCUCUGUUGUGAGCAAACAAAUUAUUGCAGCUAUGUUAAACCCCACAAAAGUUUUACCAAGCGAUAACAAUUUGCCAAGAGAUUGGCGAGGUCUUGCACAUUUAUUGGAGCUCAAUGGGGAAAUAAUGUCUCUGCUGGUAUCACAUUCUGAUCCAACAACAUAUAUGUUAACAAUGUUGGAGAAAAAUAAAAAGAAUAUUACCAUAAAAAAUUUUCAAACGAUGAUGGAAGAAAUAGACAGAUGGGAUAUUAUUGAUGACACUGAAGCAAUAUUUCAUAUUGAUACUGCAAAAUAUUUGGAACAACAGCAAAGAGCUCAAGUAUCAGCAGUUUUAAUAGACAAAUGUGUCGAUCAAGAAAUACUCACAUUAGGUGAUGUUCAUAGAUUAAAUCAAGGUUUACAAACACAAUAUUAUGAUGCAUUCCUUUUAUAUGCAGAUGAAGAUAUUAGUUUUGCGAAUGAGAUGAUACAAAAACUGGAGACAGAAUAUAAGCUAAAGCUUUGUUUAAAAGAUCGUGAUCUAGUUGGUGGUGUAGCAUUUGAGCAUGAAGCAGUGAUGAAGUUAAUAUCAGAACGAUGUAAUAGAUUACUCAUUAUAAUAUCGCCUAGCUUUCUGAAAAGCUCAGCGAACAAAUUCUUCUUAAAUUAUGCUCAAGCUUUAAGUAUCGAAAAGCGGCAGAGAAAAAUCAUACCAUGUAUAUAUGAAAGCUGCGAAUUGCCAUUUCAAUUGAAAUAUAUAUCUACUCUGGAUUAUAAUCGUAGAGGAUUAUAUGACUUUUGGGGCAAAUUACAAGACUCUAUAAAAGCUUCAAAUUCUAUCAAUACAAACAGUAAAACACAAAUAAAAAACAAUAUAACAAAUGAGGUUACAGAAGCAAGGAAUAUUUUGUCUGAUAAGCGUGGUGAUAUACUUCAAAAUGAUCAAAAGACAAAUGAAACAUUAAAAUAUCUACAACAGAAAAGUGAAAAAUAUGCUGUUGCAAAAAUAAACGAUGUAAAAGCUUUAAAUAUUGCCAGUAAAAAGAAUAAAACAUUAUUGCGAUGGGAAAAAAUUACAGCAAAUUGGAAAACAAAACAAACUAAGCAAAGUGGUCAAUUAAUUACAGAGACAACAAUUCAAAAUCUGCCAUCAGUAGAUAAUUUAGACAGCUUAGAUUUAUCAAACACUGAUAUAUAUGAGAAUAAGAAGAAAAAUUUAUUUAGCAAGUUUACAAAGAAGAAGAUCGGUAUAAAAACUUGACAAAAAAUCUUUAUUGUCAAAAAAUUGCAUAUGAAAUUCUAUUUUAUAUAUCCUUCUGUAUACAUAAAAGAAAAGAUAAAAUAUUUAGAUAUUUACAAUAAAAAUUCAAAAACAUAUUUAUAUUAAGUUUAACAUGUCAUUUGUUUAUUUCGCUGAAAACUAAAAAGUGUUAAAUAAUAAUUAAAGAAUAGUAAAUUUAAUUAAUUAUUAAUAAAUGAUGUAAAU